UGCACUUUUAGAGUAGAGUUGCGCCUUUUGAAUCACAUCACACAGUAAAAUGCUUAAAAAGCACAUUGAGAUACACACCAACGCCUUACCACACAGCCACUAGAAUACUUAACAUGUGGUUUAGAGGAAGCAGAGAGACAGAGGAGAAAUCUUCAUGGGGAAGUGUUCUGUCUUUACCGAUUACAUGAGUCGUACUCGCUGGACACAGGUCUGGGAAAAUUUGUGGGUUUUAUUUUUUUUCAAACAAAACAAUAUUGACACAUUUCCUCUGCAUUGGCGUCUGCCUGACAACAGGUUACAUAACUACAUUGUCAGAUGAAUAGCCGGGUCUGAAAGACUUUCCCGGCAAAUCGAAAGUUAGAGAAAUAGAAGAGAGGAGCUAUGGAGAUGCAGGACAUCGCUAAAGAGAAGGAAAGAAGCAAAGAAGAUGAAGGAGCAAGUGAACCGAUGCUGGAGGUCAAAAUUGAAGAGGAAGCAGAAACGGACCACUACGCUAAACUACAAAGUCAAUCUGAGGACAUCUAUUCGGAAGCUGUACAUGGUGGCACUCCAUUUAAAACAAGAUCAGGCAAACAGACUGAGGGAAACACACGGGUGUACCGUGCUGCAUGUUUAUUCCUCACCAUAAUCUGCCUGGUCCUGCUGCUGGUCAUCAUUAUUCUCAGCAUGAAACUCCAAACUGGCUCCACAGUGUGCCCGGAGAGAGCGGAAACUACAGCAGUAGACAGGGGAGGUGCUCGAAACUGCAGCUAUGAGGAGUGCCUGGAUCUGUUCCCCAGCACUCAAGCCCAAGAUCCCUCUCUCCUGCCACAUCUGGGCUGUCGGCAGUGCGCUGAUGGGUGGCUGACUUUUGGCCGGUCUUGUUUUUACCUGUCCACCUUCAGGCUGAGCUGGGACGAGAGCCAGAGGAACUGCACCGCCAGAGGAGGAGCUCUGGCUGUUGUUACCAGCCGGAAAGUUCAGAAUUUUCUGACUGAGAAAAGUAAAAUGAUAUACUGGAUCGGGCUGAGAGAAAAAGGAGCCACAUGGACCUGGGUCGACAACACUGUGCUGCAAGAGAGUUACUGGGCAGAAGUUCCAUUAGAGGGGGAUUGUGGGAUCCUCACCAAGGACAAAUCACCUGAGAACUGGAUCAAAACUCCCUGCAAUUCCGUCUCCUACUUCAUCUGUCAGCUGCAGUUUUGACAGCAUAUGUCUCUCUUUUUUGAAACAGAGUAAUGAGCAAACCAAUCCUCUGUCAACAAGCAUCAACUCUCCUCCAUAACAUUUCAAAUCAUAUCUCUUUCCGCUUUAAUCAGGAAUAUCCAGCAAAGAAAGAUGAUGAAGCUUUUUAGAUGACAGUUUUAUAUUUAACACUUGAAGAGCUUUUAUAUCUGAUUGUAUUAUAAUAUACAUAUCAUACUUUGGUUUAGAAUUGUGUUGCCUAAUUUGUAUUCUAACAUGUCAGUUAUGCUUAUAAGCACUAAUCACUCAGGCUCUGUCUUAUCUGUCUUAUGAUUCUAUUAACUGCUGUCUGACUUUUCCACAAAUGAGGGCCAGUAAGUUUGUUUCAACAAAGUUUUAUUCUCAUAUAAAAACGUUCAUGCAGCUACACAAUAA